UCGGCGGGGUCACGCCUGCCCGGAGCUCGGCGCUGGGCUUUCCCAGCCGCCCGCCCGCCGCGCCGCAGCCCCAUGUCCUCGCUCCCCGCCGCUGCCGACAUCAAGAGGGCUCUGGACAACAGCCCCGAGACCAACAUCGAGGAUGAGUUGCCCGACGAGCCGCCGCAGCCGCGGCCCAAGAACUACCUACUCCUCAGCAUCCUCGCCUGCUUCUGUCCCGCCUAUCCUGUCAACAUCGUCGCGUUCGUCUUUGCUGUCAUGGCUUUAAACAGUUACAACCAAGGAGAUAUAGAAGGGUCAAAAAGACUGGGCCGCAAUGCACUCUGGGUUGCUGUUGCAUCGAUUAUCAUUGGCCUUGUUAUCAUUGGAAUCUACUGUGUAGUUCAUUUCACAACGCAUGCUAUCUGAAGACCAAGACUGCACUUGGAGGAUGUAUCAUCAUGUAAACCUUGGGAGAUGAAAAAGAAGAGAAUGAAAUCCUUCAUUCCAGACUGUUUGAUUUGAGCCUGCAAGUCUGCAGAGGCAUGUUGCCAGUGGGUGAACUGAUAAUCCAGUUAGUUAAUCAGCAUGGCGUGACCAGGUUAUCAAAAUUAUUAAUUUAUAAGGAAUCUCUCUAUGAAGCAUAAAUUUCUUUUACCUUAAUGCAUAGUGGAAUCUUGCCCUAACAGCUUCCUUUUCUUUCUCAUUUACAUGGAAUAUGUGCUGGAUCCAUGAUGUUCCCUGGCUGACCCUAUGCAGACAAAGCCAACAUAUUUAGACUGUUUAUGGUGCACAAUGUAAGAUCUGCUGCACAGCCCACUGAAGCUAGUAGAAGAACUCCUCUUGCCUCCAGUGGGUUUUGGAUCAGGCCAUUAAGGAAUUUUUUUAUUCCUUUAAAAUAGUCUUGACAAUACACAAUCAUAACCAUGGGUUUGUGAUUUUUAUCCUGCUAUGAGAUUUUAUAAUGCCAUGGGUAUACUCUGACUCUGCAGCUGCUUUAUUCUGUCAUCCUCAGAUUUUUAGGUCUUUACCUUUGGAUUUUUAACCACCUGGGACCGAUUCCAAUCACUUGAUUAUUUAGAGACUCUCUUUCCAUAGCAUCUGUGUUUUUCUUAAUGAUUUAUUUUUGUUUUGUUGACCUUCAUUGUUGAACUCUCUUGGCUUAGCUCCUGCUUUAAAGUUGCACCAAUCAUAUUUUCCUCUUUAAACUUCUCAUGUAAAAAAUUCCAAUUUUUUUUAUCAGACAAAAGAUCAUCUUUUUAAAGAGUUGUUGUUCUUCAUCCCUUUGUUAUUGUUCCUCUGGCAUGUCACAGAGUUUUUGUGCUCUUUGUUCAUGUCUCUUGUGUUUAGUUCAUCCUCUCAUUUAUAUAUCAGUGCAGUUGGAGAUGGACAGACUUUUGUACCCCUACAGAGUUACAUACACUCUUGCUGAUCCUCAUAUUACUCAGUGAAGAGCCUGAGGUUACAGACUUGAUUGCCUCUAAAAUAUUGCAGUUUUUAGAUACUUUAUGCAAAUUUAGCAUGGCAUAGCUGUGUUUUAUUAGCUGAAAACUGUUUCAAAGAAUGUUUUGUCACACAAGUGUUCCAUGUUAAAAGGAUUAAGCUCUGGUGAGCAUAAAUACAAAUAGCUACAUCUUCAGUGGUUGUUGAUCCAUUCGCUUUAAUUACUGCUAUGUCUUCAAGCAAGCUAUGCCCAUUUACACUUCCUCUCCUUGUACCUAACAUACAUCUGGACCCACUAUCCAGAAAUGCAUGGGAGUAUUGAAGGUGCAAGUGAGAAAAGAAUCAUGCCUGGCAAGAGUACAACUACAUGUUAAACACCAGUCAUCUCCCAGAAACCUUUGCCUGUUAAAGCAUAUGCCUAGAAGUAGCAUGCAUUUUCUGUGCCUUGAUAUUUUACUUUUAAUGUGCUUUAUCGCUUUUCUUUCUGCUAAGUUCUGUUUUUCAUUGAAGUCAGUGAUGCAUUGCCUAUCCUUAAUUCUUACUCCAGUAUAAAACUUCACAAACACUGGUGAAAUCAACUGAUUCCUUCAGCAUUUACACUGAUCAAAUUCAUCCAUGUGGGAGUCUUGCCACUGAUUUUGAUGAUCCCAAGAAUUUGCUGGCCUGUGAGCUCCUCUUUCAUUUUUGGAUAUUAUUUCAAUGGUCUGAUACGUCUUGUGGGACUUUUAGUAGCUUGCCUUAUUAUCCAAUAUGAUAGAACUGUCAUUGAGACAAUAAAAUUACUUUUAAUUCAUG